UUCUCCACCACUGCCACCGCCGAGGUAGUGAGGUUCUCCUCGGACACCUCAGCCACAUCCAUAUUUAUGAACAAGGUGGCAUCUCGCAGGUGGGAGGAGUUCACCCUCGAGUCUUAACUAACCUGCCUGACGGAACCUUCAGUUUGGCGGAGAUGCAACGGCUCGUACGAGGUGACGACGACCACUGGCCAGUAACUUCACUCGUCUGCAUUGAGAAUACUCACAACAUCGCUGGUGGCAAGGUCUUGCCGCUCUCCUGGCUCGACCAGGAGACUGAGGAAGGUGCUGGGUGGAGGGAUGAGACAGGUGGGGAUGCUUGCUGCCGCCGGCCUCUACGCCCUUGACCACGUGGUGCCCACGCUCUCCCGCGACCACGCCCUCGUGCAGGCCCUGGCUACUGCUAUGGUGGAAACUGGGAGUCAAGUCAUCUGCUGCGAUCCCCAGGGAGCUCAUACAAAUAUCUUGCUGUUGGAGUGCAACCCCAAGAUAGUGACUCCGCAGGACCUGUGUCAUAGGAUGAGUCAGGUAAGCGAUGACGAAGCUGAAGCUACAGGGCAAAGGGUCGUGGCUCGCAUCCUACCCAUCACCGACUCUGCAGUCCGACUGGUAGUUCAUUGUGACGUUACGGAGAAGGAUAUCCAGAUGGUGAUUGCAAAGCUGAAAUACGUCAUUAAGGAACUAGACGGAAAAAUGUGAUUGACUUUACAUCGUGACGUCUUUCGUAACGCGAUGACACUUACGCAGACUAAUAAUAAUAAUAAUAAUAAUAAUUUUAUUUACUACAAGUACAUGUACAAGGUAUACAAGCCUAGAUGACAUCAAUGAUAUACUACUCUAUAGAAAGCCGCUUGUUAUACAGAGCAUUUCUAGCAAAUUAGGUCACUUUUGUCCCAGGAUGCGACCUA